AUAGUAAUGUUAUAAUGAUGUAAUCUUAUUUUAAAAUAGUAUUGUAGUGUAGAACGUUUUAUUAGUUGUUAGUGAUGAGAUUUUCAACUCAAUACCAUGAAUCAGUUCAUUUUGAAGAGUUGAUUUGGUGAGUCAAUUCUUAAGUUGCCAGUUCAUUAAAUUAAACAGUUCUCCUUAUCACGAAUCAUCAACUCAUUGAGUCAACUCUCAAGUUCAUUCAUUUCAUUAUGGCCCAGUUUUUCAAUCGCAUUUAUUCGUCGAUAGCACGAGUUAAGAAAAAAUUGAUAAUUUUCGGUUUUUCAUGUCGGAGUAAAUUAGUAAAGCUAUUUGAUGAAUAAAGUGCAGAAUAACUUAUUAAAUAGUUAUUACAAUAUAUUUUCUACCAAAUAAUAAUUUAUACGACGAAAAAGUAUAUUUCAUAUUUUAAGCGUAAACUUGUGGCAUCUCUGGACUAAAAUAUAAGUUAGGUUUCCAAUUACCCUGUUAUUCAAAACAAUGUAUAUUUUGUUUAGUUUAUACAUACUUGGUACUUACACAGCCUAUAGUACUUGAAUUGAAGUCUUAUGCAGUUUUUUGCCAGCAAUAAUUUUUAUUUUUAGAUUGCUUUCCAAAAUAUUUGUAUUUGAUAAUGCAUACUUCAAUAAACAAAAUAAUUGUCGCUCUAAUCCUCUUCGAUGCCAUUGUUCAUUACAAUGUAUGAUAUAUUAAUACAAUAUUUAUAUUUGAAUUUUUUGUUGUAAAAUAUAAAUACAAUACAUUUUGUCGUAUACUUUUAUAAUUUAAUUAAAUAGGUAUAUCAUAAUAAUAUACACUAAAUACUUAUAGGUAUCUUAAUACCUAUUUUAUAUUGUAUUAAAUAUCUUCUAUUUCUCAUGCUUUCGGUAAUAUUUUUUUGUCAAACAUGAAAAAAGAAACUUAUUCCAAACAAACACUAACGCAAAAUGAAUUAAAUUACUAAAUGACUUGCAACAAUUGCAACAUGCUUGUUUAACAUAAAACUCUUAUACAUUUAUAUCAUUCAAUAUCAGUAUAUUAUCUAUUAUCUAAUAUCUAUGCAUUUUAUGUUUUAAUAUCACUACCAUCACAAGUUGCUGACAUACCUAUUUAAUUUAUCAUAACAUAACGUCAUAACAUCACUUGUCAUUACACAAUAAUAGAAUUUCAUAUUAUGUAUAUUGUGGCAUAGCAGGGUCUAUAGACGAAUUGUCGGAUUGAUAACACACAUCCGUGAUUCGUGAAUUGUAUUAAACCAGCCGAUUCGUGAAUCAUUAUUUUAAACCAGUGGUAGCACUGAGUCACUGAACUAUACCACACUGAAUCAAUUCAUUCAGUUCACCUAAAAAAGUCAACUCCUUCAAGUCAAUUUAUUCACGAACUACCCACCUCUAUUAGUUGUAAUAAAUUAUUGUCUAAUGUGGAUUGGUUUUAUAUAUGUUCGAAAAUUUCACUUAAAAUAUCGUUUAUCAUCUAUGGCUACAUACAUGCUAUGCAUGUGUAUACAUGUUAUAGACUCAUUAAUACAUGUUUCGCGCUGUAAUUUUUCUUAGAAUAGAAUAUUUAUAUGUUUUGUCAUGACUACCCUACAUUUAUUUUGUGAGACAUAAAAUAUUAUCAAUACACAGCCCAUUUUUUAAUAGGUCUAUGUACAACCGUACCACGUAAAAGUCAUAAGCACGGGUGGUCACAAGUAACACGUGAAGAGCUCCCUCUAUCUAUGACUGUUUUACAUGUACAAAAAGCUCGUCUAUUAGACAAUGAAUAUAUGUGUGACAACUUUUGAAUUUUGGUGUGAGCCAAAAUUGAAAUAAACAUAAUUAAAAAAAACUUCAAUGUUUUCUUCGAUAUAUUGAAGAUUAAAUAUCGAUGGCGAAACAUCGAUUUAUCUAUCAAACAAAAACAUCGAUGCUUUUUGUCCACCUCUAGCGAGUAUAAGAAUGCCUUAUCCAUAUAUUUAAUAUUUAUGCAUGAAACAAGUCGAAAAGUUGCUGUUUCACAUAGAUACGAAUCUAUUUAUUAUUUCAGUAAUAAUUUAUGUGGAAUAUUUGUGUUUCAGAAAGAAAAAAGGAAGGUAAGAGAUUCACAAAAAAAUUAAAUAACAUACCAGAAAUUCGUUUACCGGUUACCGGUAUACCGAAUUGUUUUAAACCCUUAUAUCAAAAACUUCAUUGACUUGUUGUUAGUGCAAAAUAUCAUAUCUAUAGUCCAUAUUGGAGAGUAAUAUAUAUUACUCUAUGGUCCAUACUUAUUAUACAAGGUAUGUUUAAGCACCUUCGAUAUAAUAGUCACUUGAAUCUUCCAUAUUUAUUCUUCACAAUUAGGGUGACCAGACGCCUUCUUUUACGAGGACUUAUCCUUUUAUAUGUAUUUCUUCGUUCGUCCUGGCUCUUUUUUUAAAAUUGUCAGAAUGUCUUAUUUUUUACACGUAUUUUGUUUUUCUAUAUUAUAGGUUCACCUUGUUAGGGUAGGUAAGUAAAUAAAUUAUGAUUGUGGGUGAUGCGAUAUUGUGAUAAGAUUUAUCUAUGGAUUUAUAAGCACUUUGCUUAUUAUUAUUAUUAGAACUAUUCAAACAUAAAAUAUUAUAUGGACUAUAAAAUACAUAAAAUCUUAUAAUACAAGAUAUAAAGAUGUUUUUAUAUAAAGUAAAUUAUAUAAGUACAUUUUUUCUAUUAAGUAUUUACUAAUACUUUCCUAUGAUAUAAUAUAACCAUGUUUAUAGUACUUUAAGCGCUUAUCAUAAAAUUAAAGUGAAUCGCUAUGAUAUACUGUCAAUAAUUAUAUUAGUUACUAGUUAGCAAGGUACACCUUGGUAGUUCUUAUGCUGAUAAGCUACCUAUUGUGUUUUAAUCAGCAAACUGAGUUUAAUAAUUAUUAUGGUGUAAAAUUCACGGAUGUUUUGUAUAUUGGCAAUAAUUUUAGUGUAUUCCUAAAAUACAAUAAGAACAUUUAUAUAAUACCAGUUAUGAGUAGUAUCAAUAAAUGAACAAUAAUUUGUAAAAAUGUCCUCCUUUUUUUAUAAGACACAUCUGAUCACCCUAUUCACAUUGUUAAAAUGUCAAUGUCAAGAAAAACUAUUAUAAGUGUUAUAAUAGAUUAUUUUGUGAUAAUUUAAAAAGAAUAUGAAAAAUAUGAAUGAUCGCAAUGGGAACAUUAAGAAAGAAGGAGAUUAUACCUAGUAUGACCAGAUGUGUCUCAUAAAAAAAGAGAACAUUUUUAUAAAUUAUACAUCCAAUGACAUCAUUGAUGUGAUUAUACUGCACACCCCUAUAGUAUGCCUAGCCGGUUACUACCUUAAUUACUCUAUAAACAAGGCUAGUCUAUUAUUAUAAGGUCUAUAGUUCAUUAUAAGAACCGUUUAUUUUAUUAGUAAUACAAACCGUUUUUUCUACUGUCUGGUUAAAAAUUACAUUUCUAAAGUACCUGUAUCUUGAGUUGUCGUUAUCAUGUAUUUUAUUAAUUAUUAACUGUAAAAGUAAUAUAAUUUACAGGAUAGCCAAUAAAAUUUUAGAUAUAUCGCCCUAAAAAGGAUUAGUUUAAACAAGAUGUCCUAGGAUAAUGGGGAUGGGUGCAAUCACUGUUAUAGCUAAUUUAAUAAAUAUCUGUAAGCAACGAUGAACCAUUGCUAACGAAAAAACGAUUCUGAGCGUAGUUUAGUUAACAGUGAUUCUUUGUCAACAAUAUAUAUGUCAUAUUAUGAUAAGAUAAUCAAAUAUGCAUUAUAUAUUUUUUUUAUAAUAAUUGUUUAAUAUUGUACCCAUUUCCCCGGUUGUUCUCAUUUGCUGGGAAAAUCAAAAAAUGACCUCUCUAAAGUAUCUUCUCAAUCAGAUUUACUUUCAGAAAAAAUACUAUCAUUGUAAAUCGGAGCAAAAUUGUUGGUAGAAAAAUUAUCUAUAAAAAAAAAGGCCAUAAUAUUUAUUAAUACUUACAUUUCGUACAUUUUCCGUUUUUCCGACAUUUUAUCCCGGUUUUUCCCAGUUAUUAUGAAAACUGAUUGAAAAAUCACAAAAAUUACCUCUCCAAACCAUUAUUUCCUUACAGAAAAUAAGCUACACUUGAUACAUGGAAGCUAAAUUUCUAGCAGAAAAGUUUGCACAACAAAUCGAGGGGUACUUUUUAGUUAAAAUCGUCCGAGCGAGCGAUGCUAGGUCUAUAGGUACACUUAAAAAGCAUCUGUUUUUCCUUAUUUAAGCAAAAGGAAAAAAAAGUACAAACAAUUUUUUUACCAAAUAAAACCCAGGUUUGAACCUUAACCCCUAGUAUUAAAGAAUAUUAAAGAAUAUCUAUGUCUAUAUCUUAAUAUCCAUGGGUAAAUAUACCAGUAUAAGCAGUCUAGUCAAAACUGUUAAAACGCCGCGUGUGGAUGCAGUUUAAUAAGUUGUAUGCAUUUCGAGCACUAUUCUAUACUUUAUAUUUUUAUGGUGUUAAAAUUUAUAAUUUAAUAGCUAGAAAAGGAGAAUCAAUUGGAAAUGAUAAAAUCUGAGAAGAGCAACGUAUACAAAACGUUAUACAACAUUUUAAUAAUUAUAAAAUACAUAUUAAUAUAUACAAAUAUCAAACUUCUAUUUACUUUAUUUACUAAGGGAAAAAUUAUAUUAAAUUGUAUAUUAUUUUACCAUUAUAAUUAUUUUUUGUAAUGACAGCCACUAAUCAUUAGAUGAGAGAACUAUUUUUAUUUUACAAUGUUUGUUCGUAAUAAACGUAGAACCACACAGUUUAUAAUAAAUUUGAUAACGUUGCACUCAAUUCUUAUUGUAUUUCAAUGAACAAUUGAGCGUGCGGGAUUGUGUUAAAAAAAAAAAACGUGGAAUCGGAUUCCUCCCAUUAGCUGUUCGAGAAUGUACCUGUUAUCUAUAUUAGCAUUAUUUAAAUAAAUAAAUAAUGAUAUACACCGUGCGUAAUAAACAAGUAUAUUAAUUUUAUCACAUUCCAAAGUUUUAUAUUCCAGCUUUGAGAGGGAGGGGGAAUUUCAAAUCCACUGCGGGUCAUAGAAUUUGGUGUUGUUAAUUGAUAACAAUUGUCUAUAUAACCCACAGAUAAAUAUAUUAUAACCCCUCCAUUGAACACUUCUGAGCACAAUCAUGUACAAAUUCUCUCCUAUUUCAACAAUAUAUUCAUAGGUAAAUAUUUCAAAUUUUAUCAAAUUGUAUGAAUUAUUGUACCUCUUAUCUACAUAUUAUAUAAUUUCAUAAGCGAGUAUUAUAAAUUGAUAAUUAAAUUUCUAUAGAUACGAAAACCCCAACAAUCGACCUUCGUCUGACUCAUGUUGUUAACAUAAAUAUUAUUUUACACUUUUCAACAAUAAUAUCAAAUUAAACUGAUGACGAUGAUUAAUUACAAAAAUUACGAGAUAAAACGAUACCCAAUUAUUUAUGGGUUUAUAUCUUUUCGCCUUCAGACAUUUUUAGAACCCUAGCUUAGCGAGGGAGCUAUUGGUUUACAAUGGUAUUUAUUUUUUGUUCUUUGUACUUUGCGAAUUGAACGGCGGCGAAAAGCUCGGCUUCAUUAUUAUUUAUGUGUGCCGUGUAAUAGUAAUGGUACGCCGAUAUGUGGCCGACACAUUUGUUUUUGUAGAUAGGCAAUAUACAUAGUGAUCUAUUUAACGCACCUAAGUACCUAAUAAAUUACACUUAACAAUAUUUACUGGGCAGUUGGUAUUUAAAUUACCUAUAUAAAAUAAUUUCGUAUUAGAAUUUUACAGGUAAAUAAUUGUAUAGGUAUUUAUUUUCUAAAAUACUGUCUUGAUAAAAUACAAUUAAAACUAUAUCUAAAAUUAAAGUUCAAAUAAUCAUUAUCUAUUUUAUAUUGAACCCGUAUAUAUUCUACUGCUGUUUAGUCAAGAAGGUAUAUAAAAAGUAUAAUAAAUGAUAAGCAACUUAUGUGAUAUUGUAUUAUUUUACAACUUAUGAUAAUUAUAAUAAAUUCAUAUAUUAUAUUUAAUUGAGCUAUAGUUGUACUUAAUAUAUUUAGCCCAUACACUUACAUUGAGUCUUUUACAAUUUUAACAAUUUUGUUACUUACCUAAUAUUUUGUUUGGACAUUUCAGAUACCUAACUUACCUUCUUACCUAUUUUAAUAUAAUAUUUUAAUCAAAUUGUUUUGUACGAAAAUGGCAAAUUCAAAAGUGAAAGUUCUAUACAAUCAGGUAAAUAUUAAAUAAUUUGUAUUGAUCAUUUAUUUAUUAUUAUAUCUAUACAUUUCAAGUUGGUUUUUUUUUUGAAAUUACUAAUAUACAUUUAUGCUGUGUAUAUAGUUAACUUAUUACUUAUUAUAACUAGGUACUAUAAUAAUUAAUAUUUUAAUAUUAGCAUUGAUUUUAUAAUAUUAUAAAAUCAAUGAUAAUAGAUACCUACACAAAUAAUUCAGUUAAUUAAGUAUUACGAUUAUAAUAAGUACACAUUUACUCAAUUAAAUAGAUUAGUAUAUAUUUAUAGAAAUUUAGUUUUUCUAUCAGUACCAAUCAAACUUAUAUUUGUUACUUUAGUCAAUAUGAUAAUGGACUAACAAAAUAGGGGAACAUUUUGUAUUUUAAAUAGAAGGUAGUAAAAUGAAAAAUGUCUUAAAUCAGAUUGUGUAAGAGAAAUUUGUCUAGUCAACAAGUUAGGUAACUAAAUUUUUGAUCCAGGAUGGCCUUGCAUGGAGAAAAUUGUUUCAAAAAAAUGUCAACCCCUAAACCUUAUCUAACCUAAUCAAAGCAUGGGGUUUAGUAUCUUUUAAAGUUCUAUUCUAUUGUUAUUUAGUGUUAUUUGUAAUUUUUUUUUUAUCCAAUUAGUUUUUAAUAUAAGUACAUAUAUUCUCAGGACGAGCCCAAAAAUUAUUGUAGUAGCAAUUGUAUAAUAAGACUUAAAAUGAAUUAAUUAUAAUUGAAAUUAAUUUACCUUGUUGAUUGUUGGGUGGAAAUAAAUUGCAUAGAUAUAUUGGUAUUCAAAAGUAGUUUGCAGUAUACAUGAGCCUUAGAAUAAAGGAGUUAGUCAAGAAAUUGGCUGGAGAAAAAGAGAUAUGGAAAGAGACAGAUGAUUGAGUGAAAUGGGAGAGAGGGGAACUUUGAAGGACAUUUGAGAUAGGAAACUAGGAGAUCCAGUUACCUGUUAGGAUAUUUGAGAGAAAAGAGAUAUUAUAAGCUCGUAUGCGGUCAGUCAGACUUGAGAGCUGUAGAAGACUUUAAAUUAAGGAGUAGUUAUGGGGUGGGUGAAGAAUGUUUAGCCUAGAAGCAAGAACUCAAAGGAAACGUCUCUGCACCCUUUUAAUCAUUGCAUACUCAGUAAGUAAGACCCCAUAUUACGUACCCAUGCUCGAUGAUAGGGGAAAUAUGAGCACAGUAAAUUGCCUUGAGGUGUGGUAUUGAUUGGAAAUUACGUGAAGUCCUGGGAGCAAACCCAAAAACAUUAGAGCUUGACAACAUUUAUUCUUGUGUUUGAUUGAUGAGAGAUUUGGUGUGAAGAAUGUUUUAUAAGCAUGUUAUUAAUUUGAUAGAAAAAGAUUUUUUAGAUAUUAUAAAAUAUAAAUAUGAUAAUUGUUUUAGCUAUUUAUUAACAACAAAUUUGUGGAUGCGGUAAGUGGUAAAACAUUUCCAACUACUAAUCCAGCUAAUAAACAAAAAAUUAUCGAUGUUGCUGAAGGAGAUAAAGUAAGAUAUACACUAAUUAUGGAAAUUUUAUAUAUUUUAUUUUUGUGCAUGAAUUUAAGUAUUUGUUAAAAUUGUGUUGUAACUCUUAAUAUGCUGGGGAUCAGAUUAUAAAAGUGGUUACUUCUCUGAAUCAAUUUCAUUAAUACAAUAUUAUUUAUUAUAUUAUAGUUAAUUUGAUUUAAAAGCUAUGUUAUAUUAGCAGUUAAGUAAUUUGUAUAUAUACCACUAUAAGAACAUGAUUGCUGAUUGUAAUUAGACUUUGAUCUGUUUGAAAUAUUACAGUUUACAAUAUCAGUUAUUAAUUGAAUAUAAUAAAAGGAGGUAUUUGUAUCCUGUAAAGGCAUAGCUAGAAUUUUCUUUCGAGGAGAGGUGGCUGCAGUUAGUUGUAGAUCUAAGAUAAUAUUCUUAACUUUCAUACAUCAAUACACUUUAUCAAAUUAUAUUCUGCUCGUUUUCUUUUGAAAAAGUCUAAGGCCCGUUCUCAUCAAUUUAAAUGUUGAUUUUUAAUGGAGUUUAUAAGAUAAUUGACCAAUCGUGUUAUCAGCUAUAAACUCAGUUAAAAAAUCAGAUAAACGCCUUUUUUUAUGUUGGUGAGAAUGACCCUACGCUAUUAUAACUAGGGCUUAGAAUUUGAUGCAUUUGUAUCUUUUUUUUCUAAUGCUUACAUUCAAGGCUUGUCUUUAUAGAAAUUUAACUUUCAUGUAGAAUUUAAUAGUACAAAUAUCAAUUAGUAUUUUUUGCAUUUUACCCCUAAUUCAUUAUUAAAAGAUUAUUUUUUUUAGCAAUUUUAGUGCAUUUUCAAAAUCUGAGCUAUAGGUAUUAGUGUAUAAUAUAUAAAUUUAAUAUUAAAUUGGCAGAAAUGUUAGACGGAAAAAUAUUUUAACCCAUAAUUAACCAGCGAUAAUCAGUUAUCUUAUUGCAAGACUAUAUUGACAUUAUUCAGGUUUUCUGUUAGAAAUUAUUUUAGUAUAUUUCAAUAUAUCAUUUAUUUUAAAUAUGCGCCAUUCACAUCUGUCAGUCAUAUACAAUUUUCAGUAUUUAAAACUCUUAUCUGACAAUCGCCAAUCUUUUUUGUUUUAAAAUAAUAUUGCGUAUAGGUACUUUAAUUAUCUAAUAUAAUAUAUUUUCAUAAAUAAUAUGUAUUUACUUACAAAAUUUAAAUUUCUCUAAUUACAGUUUAAUUAGUUUAGUAUUAUUUUUGUGUCAUACAAACACAAUAGGACACAUGUGAAUAAGGUUAGAUUAGGAUAGGUCAUACAGUUAAAUGUUGACAUAGGCAUAACUAAAUAUAAAUUUAUUAAAUACAAAUUGAAUUAGUUAAAGAAUAACAAAAAGAAAAAUUUUUUUUAACAAGAUAUAGGGUUCUUAGUACAUAUUGGUAUGAUAUUUUUAAUUUCAAUAAAAUAUUAAUUUUCAUGCCAUUUUAUGAUGUUAUUGAAUUAUUUUAACAUUUUUUUUAAAGAUUUUAGAUUAUUAAAUUCCGGGUCUAAUUAUAAUUAUACUUAAUAAUCUAUUUUUCUUCUAAAUAACUAUUGAUAUUUUAAUAUAUGAAAAAUAAAAUUGUUGAAUAAUUCAUUUUAAUAUACAGGCUGAUAUAGAUUUAGCUGUCAAUGCUGCAAGGGUUGCUUUUCUGCCUGAUUCUGAAUGGCGUACAAUGGAUUCAUCUGCUCGAGGACAACUGAUGUAUAAACUGGCCACAUUAAUAGAAGAAAAUAAAAAUGAUUUAGCCUAUUUAGAGUCUUUAGACAAUGGAAAACCAUUAGAGGACUCAUUGUUGGACAUAAGUAUGGCUGUUUCAACUUAUCAAUAUUAUGCUGGAUUUGCUGACAAAAUUCAUGGAAAAACUAUACCAGCUGGUAUGAAUAUCUUCAAUUUUACAAAAUAUUUUAUAAAUACAUAAUUUUAACUGAAAUAUGAAUAUUUGACAAUACUUGCUUAAAACAAAAGAUUUUUUUUAGAUGGACCAUAUAUAGCAUUCACUAAACUCCAACCUGUUGGAGUUGUUGGUCAAAUAAUACCUUGGAACUACCCAAUAUUGAUGAUGGCCUGGAAAUUGGGUCCAGCUCUUGCUACAGGAUGUACAAUCAUAUUGAAACCAGCUGAACAAACUCCUCUUACAGCUCUACAUGUAGCUGCUUUAACAAAAAAAGUAAAGUAUUUAUAAUUUAUAAAUUAUAAUUAAUAACAAAAAAUUAACCUUACAGGCCGGAUUUCCAGACGGUGUCAUUAAUGUUGUUCCUGGAUAUGGUCCUACAGCAGGUCAUGCUAUAUCUAGCCACCCUGAUAUAAACAAAGUGGCCUUCACUGGAUCAACAGAAGUAAAUAAAAUAUGAUUUUUAAUUUUUUAUCUUCACAGGCCAUGUUAAAAAGACGUUAUAUCCACAUCUACUGUCUCAGUCCAACUACUGGGUAACAUCUAAAACAAUGCUUACGCAGAAUUAGUAAAACUAGUUUAAUUUUGAUUUUAGAGUAAAGGUAGUUAUUAUGAAGUGUAUAGAGAAUAUUUUGAAGAGAAUGCCAUAGGGUUUUUGUACUAUCCAAAAUAUACAGUUCGAUAUAUAAGCAUUGUUUUUGCAUGUUACUCGGUAGUUGAACUGUAAAAGUAAAUGCGGGUUUAACUUCUUUUUAAGUCCUUCACUGAUUCAACUAAAUUCUUUCAGAGGUUUUUCUAAUUUUCCAUUUUUGUUGUUUCAUCUGCACAAUUAAAAUCUCUCUUUACUUAAUCCAGCCAUUGUUGUCUCAAUCUUCUUUUGGAAUGUGUUUUAUUUGGAUAUUACUUGUACCGUUAAACUAUCAUUAUCCUUAUAUGUCCAUUCUUGUCUUUUUGAGACAAAACAUGUUUAAAUAUUUAGUUCAUCGAUUCGCUCAAUAUUUGCAUUUGUUCCCCUUUCUUAUUGCCUUGUAUCCAUAUUAUAUAAGGGCCUAAAUACUUAACUAAGAAUCUUCCUUUUAAUGGUUAUUAGCUUGGUCUUUUCCCCUUUAGUUGUUAAACACCAUUCGCUUAAUAUAUUAAUAUGGUUCAUAAAUAGGAAAUAUUUAGUUGCCUUUUAGUUUAUUUGGAGAAAAGUUUAGAAUUAAACAUCUUGUACAUUGUAAGUAUCAUUGAACUUGCUUUUUAAACAUUUUUUAAGUGUAAAUAAUUGCUGUAUUCUAAUUAUUCACUUUUAUAUGUAUCCAUUAUAAUUUCGUGCAUGUAAAUUAAUACUUUUUUUCUUGCCCUUUUUAGUACUUUAGAAUUAAUAUUAUCUUUCCCUGGGGAUUUGAUGUUCUUUGAUGAUUUUAUGGUUAUUUAAACUUCCUCAAUACUUUGCUGCAAGGAGUUCAGGCUUUGCUGUAUAAACUAUUUGUAUUUUCUAUCCUUUUCACUUUCAAUACUAUUUUUUUAAUUUAAUAGUUCUUCAAAAUAUUCCUGGAAUUUAUUUAUAGUUACACUAGGUUCCAUUAUUAUUAGUUAUGAAAUUAGCACUUAUUUUGAAUCCUACUUUAAAUGAUUUAUAAUUCUCAAAAAAGCAGUCUCAAUUUUUUUUAUUAUAGUUUCAUUAGUAAUGCAUUGUAGCGUGCCUUGUGUAAGUAAUGUUCUUAUAUCCAAAAUUCCAAUUUGUAUCUCCAUUUUUUUCCAUAAGUAAUAAAAUAUAAUAUUUAACCAAAUGUAUGUACAUAUAAGUUAAAAAAAAAAAAUAUUAAAUGUUUAGGUUGGCAAAUUAAUCAUGGUAGAAGCAGCCAAGUCUAAUUUGAAACGUGUAUCUUUAGAACUGGGUGGUAAAAGUCCUCUUGUAGUAUUUGAUGAUUUUGAUGGUAAAUUAAUGUUUUAUUUUUAAAAUUUGUGGUUUUAUUGAAAUCAAAUUUUGUUAUAAUUUUAAUACUGAAUUAAUGAGAAAUUGUAUACUAUAUAUACAGUUAAUGAAGCUGCUGCUAUAGCUCAUGGAGCAGUUUUUGCCAACAUGGGUCAAAAUUGUUGUGCUGGUUCUAGAACCUUUGUUCAAGAAGGUAUUUAUGAUGAAUUUGUUAAAAUAGCAUCAAAUUUGGCAUCUGAAAAGAAAGUAGGAGACCAAUUUGAUGCCACUACGCAAGUAGGGCCUUUGGUAAGUUCUUACUAUUUUAUUAAUUCUGUAAAAUGUUUAAUUUAUAAAUAAAUAAAUUGAUAUUUGUAAAAGUAGUUUAAUUUAUUUUAUAUAUAUAUUUUAUUAUUAUAUAUUACGGUUACAAAUUUAGGUGAGUGAAGAACAAUAUAACAAGGUCUUAGACAUGAUUGAAUCUGGUAAACAAGAAGGUGCUAAAGUAGAAGCUGGAGGUUCUAAAGUAGGCGAUACGGGAUAUUUUGUAUAUCCAACUGUAUUUUCUAACGUGACCGAUGACAUGAAAAUUGCAAGAGAAGAAGUAAAUAUAAAUUAGCAUAUUAGAUUCUGAUCUUAUUUAAGGAGAAUUAUUAACACGUUCACUGUCAAGGUGUUGAUGACAUGUAUGUAGUAGAUUAAUAAUCUACUAUACAGUAGAUAAUAACUUUAUGUAUCCUACCUUCCUGAUAUUUUAAAAAUCUAUCCCGCUAUGAGAUGUCAUUGUUAUCUCUUGGAGAAAAAUUAUUAUUAUCUACUAUAAAUACCAUUGAAAUUACAAGAUCCUAAUGAAUAACCAUAUUUAAAAAUGAAAAUAGCGGGACUAAAACCGAUAGAAUAAUUAACCAUUACACAUAUAACAUAUGUCAAUCACGGUCCUUGGAACUAUGUUAUAGUUAUAGAUUGUGGCAGUGGACACUUUAACUAUAUAAGUUGUACUUAGAGUUUUAUUUAAAAAAUUGUACUAUUUAGUUGUUUUUUAGUUAUAACUUGUUCUAAGGUACAUACAUUUUAUUGUAGAUAUUUGGACCAGUUCAACAGAUUAUUAAAUUCAAAACUAUAGAUGAAGUAAUCAAACGAGCAAAUAAAACUAAGUAUGGAUUAGCUGCUGGAGUAUUAACUAAGGAUUUAAGUACUGCAUUAAAGUAUAUGGAAAAUGUCGAUGCUGGGUCAAUGUGGUAAUUAAUUUUAUAGCCAAUAAAUAAGACCUAUUCCAUUUAAUUCCUAGGCUAAAUAUCUAUGUAGAUUUUUUAUCACUGAAUCUUAUAAUUAUUAGACAUAUGGUCUGUAGCAAAUACUUGUAGGCAUCUAUAUAAUAUAUAUUUACAUAUGGUGAUGACUUUUACAUAUAUUUCUAAAUAUGAUCUAUAAAAGUACCUACACACAGUAGCUUAGCUAAGAUUUAUCAUUUUUUUUUUUCGGGGGGGAGAUGGAAGUUUAGGGGUCUACAAUCUUAUUAACCUUAGCAUAACUAAAAAAAAUGAAGCAAUGCCCAAAACCCCCUCUUGGCUACACAUACACAAAUUUUAAAAAUUAAAUAAUUUUGAUUUGCAACAUAGUAUUUUAUGUUCGUACUAUUAUUUAAAUUUAUUUGUAUAAUAGUAUAAUUAUAAAUAUAGACUUAAUUUUUAUAUUAUAAUAUAUAGGAUUAACUGUUACGAUAUUGUAAAUACACAAUGUCCAUUUGGAGGAUUUAAGCAAUCUGGAUUUGGCAGAGAAUUGUAAGUAACUGAUAUUAAAUAAAUUACUAUUGCUAAAUUACUAAUAUUAAACAUACAAAUUUUAUGUCCACAGAGGAGCAGAUGGUUUGAAAGAAUAUUUAGAAAUAAAAACAGUCACAAUUAGAAAAUAAUUAUUUUUCUAUCAUUACAAAUUAAUAAUAAUUAUACUUAUUUGAAAUAAAAAUAUAUAUUUUAAUCAAUAUACAUUUUACUGAUUCUGGAAGUGGUGAGACAAAUAAAAGUAGAUAUAACAGGUGUAUAAUAAUGUCAUGUUACUGUUUAAAGAUGUGUGAAGGUUUUUGUUAACUCAGAAAUAAACCAUUUACUUUUGAAAUGAUUAUAUUAUUAACGAGUGGUUUAAAUUAUCAACCAGUUUAUUAAACAGUUCAUAAUAUAUAAAUAAAUAAAUAUUAUUCUUGUUAUCUAUGUUAUAUGUAUUAUACUAAUUCAGAUAUUAUUGAUCCUAUUAAAAUGGUGAAUCAGAAUGUAGACAAUUUUUUACCUAGUAUUUUUUUUUAUAAUAUUUGUAAUUUUAUAAUAAGACACAUACUUUAUUUUAUAUAAUAAUUGUAUGACAAAUUUAUUUGUUGAUUUUGAAUAUAGAACAUAGGUUAACUUAACUACAGUAUACAAGUUUAGUAUUCAGGUUAUGAGUUAUAAUUAGUAAUUUAUCUGCAAAAAUGUAUGAAACAUGAAGUUUUUAUCCAAUUUCAUUAAAAUUCAUCAUAUCAAGUGGUUAAAAGGCCUAUACUAUUUGACACAUUUCCAAUUUGUUCAUACUGUUAUUAACUAUUAUAAAAAUGAGCUUUUAAUUAAAUGAAUAGCUUAACAUCUUUCAAUGAUUUAUAUAUAUAAUUAUUAAUAUUUAUUAGACCUCUAUAUUUAAUCAUAAUAAUAUAAUACAAAUAUAUAAUGCAAAAUGUGAUAUUUAUUCUUGAACUAUUCAAAUUUUUUAAUCAUUAAACAUAUACAUAUAUAUAUUAUAAACUAAAUAUCAUUUAAUAAAUGGUAAUAUAUUUAUUGUUAUUAUUCAAUUGAUGGCACUCCCAAUUCCUCAUCUGUCCAUUUUGAUGAAUCAGGAUAUUCAAAAUCUCCCUACACAAACA